CAAAGAGGCGCUCUACUCCGGCCAAUCAGCUGGGCCCUCCGUUCCGCCUGGGCUGCCUAAGACUGAAUGAAGCACAGUAGCGAGUGGGGCGCCCGGUGGAGAGGAGCUUUCGCACGGAUUCAUUCUGUCUCCUGAGCUGCUUUUGACUCGGACAUGAAAGCAACCGGGGAAAACUGAUACCGCGUUUUGCCGGCCGACGGUCGCUUGGGCCCUUGCUCGAUCAUUCUGUUGAUAUUUAGAUCAGCUGAAGAUGCAGCAGAGGACAGUGUAUAUUCAACAAGUGCUGCUGUCCAGACUCUUAUGCAUUCCUUCUCUGCUAACAAAACAGCCUCUGAGUCAAGAUGACUUGCACAAGUCAAUGUAUGGAAAUUUUAUUAAAGCUACUGUCUGAGAGAAGGAUGCCUCUACCAUGAACACUUCCUCUGAAGGAGAGAUUGUGAACUGUCUCACAAGAACUCUGCUUGAACAAUCCUUAACUGGAACUAGACUUAAAAUACUGUAUCAGAAUGUAUGUUAAUCCUAGAAGAGUUAGGAAAUGCCAAUUUGUGCAGCUAUUUGCCACUUGCUUUGUACUAUGUCUCAUGAUUUUUUGGGGACCAUUUGAUGACAGUAGCAUUGUGAGUCACAUGAAAUCUUAUUCGUAUAGAUACCUCAUAAAUAGCUACUCUUUCGUGAAUGAAAGUCUAUCUGUUAGUAGGGACAACCUGAAUAAGGUAGCAGGCUAUCAAUACUUGAUCAACCAUAGGGAGAAAUGUCAGCGGCAAGAUGUUCUCCUUCUGCUGUUUGUGAAGACUUCACCUGAAAACCGCCACAGGAGAGAUGCAAUUCGGCAGACAUGGGGCAAUGAACAGUAUGUUCGUUAUUAUCUUAAGGCCAAUAUAAAGACCCUAUUUGUUUUAGGGCAGCCAAGAGACAAUGCACAAAGAGACCAAAUGCAAAGGAUGCUUCACAUGGAAGAUAAGUUGUAUGGGGAUUUGAUUCAACAAGACUUCUUGGAUACAUUUUACAAUCUUACCCACAAAUUACUCAUGCAGUUCAGCUGGGUGAAUACGUUCUGCCCCCAUGCCAAGUUCGUUAUGUCAGCAGACGAUGACAUUUUUAUCCACAUGCCAAACCUGGUUGCAUACCUACAAAAUCUAUCAGAAGUUGGAGUUCAGAAUCUUUGGAUUGGGCGUGUCCAUCGUGGAUCACCUCCCGUAAGAGAUAAGAAAAGUAAAUACUAUGUUCCCCAUGAAAUGUAUCCAUGGCCUGCUUAUCCUGAUUAUACAGCUGGCGCUGCAUAUGUAAUAUCAAGCGAUGUCGCAGCUAAAGUAUAUGCAGCCUCACAGACUCUUAAUUCAAGCCUUUAUAUAGAUGAUGUUUUCAUGGGUCUCUGUGCCAACAAAAUGGGAAUUGUACCACAGUAUCAUCUGUUUUUUUCUGGGGAAGGUAAAGCUCCUUAUCAUCCUUGCAUUUACAACAAAAUGAUGACCUCUCAUGGACAUGUAGAAGAUCUUCACUAUCUUUGGAAGCAAGCUACAGAUCCCAAAGUCAAAAACAUUUCCUCUGGGAUUUGGGGUAGAAUAUACUGCAGAAUGGUUAACAUUAUGCUUCUUUGUAGACUAUACUAUCAAGAUACAUAUCCCUGUUCAGCUGCAUUGUCCUAAUACUUGAAUGUGAAAGCAGACUUACUGAGCCAAGAAUGAAUGAGAAAGUUCAAAUAUUUUCUCUAGAAAUACACAAAAUGAACAUGAGAUGUUAUAUAAAAAUUUAAAAUGUGAAAGUUUGGCUAUAUUCCAAAUUACUUCUGAUAGGUUUGCCAAAGUUUCCAAUAGCUGUAUCUGUUCCCAUUAGUUUGUGUCUAAAUGUUUUAAAGAAUUGGCUAGAUGUUACUAAAAACCAUAAAAGCUGUAAACCUCUAAAUGUUGAACCAUGGAGUUGAAUUUUAGAAAACCAACUGAUUGAAGACUAUGUACAUCUUCUGUUGUGGUAAAAUUUGGAAAUGCCAUGGCUAAGGUUAGACAGAUCAAAUAAUUUUUUUGCAGUGAUGUACCAGCCAAGCAGCAUUUUUUCCUUCUGCCCUUUCUCCACAAUCCCACUUCCAAGCACAUUUUGAUCCAACAUCUGACGAAUGGAAUGGUUAUGCAUUACACCACGACCCGAUAUCUAUCACUCAAAAACAACUCUAGAAACUGUGAUCUGAUAUAAGCAGUCCUAGCCUUGAUUUUAAAAGCACUUAUUCAAAGGAACCCUGACUCAGCAGGAAUAUGUUUAUGGAAAACAUGAGCUUCAACUCUUAGAGAAUUUUGUAAAAUUAACUUAUACCAAUAGAACUUCAAAACCAUUGAAUCUUGUUUUUGUGCAAAUGCCCCAGUCCAUCUUCAAACAAAGAGCACAGUGAAUUAUUCAGUGUCCCACCUGGUUUUCGCUGUAAAUAAAUUUACCUCCCUUUCCAUUCAUGGUAAUAUUGAGAAGAAACAUUUAAAAAACCUACUACUGAAAUAACACUUCUAGGGAGUAUAAUUGAUCUGUGUCUGCACAAUUCUGAAGAACACUUAACAGAGAAAGAUGUAUGGUGUACAUGUUCACUCUGUGCCAGCUUGAUAUGCAGAUAUAUACUUCGGCUCAAGCAAACCAUGGAUGACUUUACUGCUUACCGUCUUGCAACAAAAACGUUUCUCUCAUUCCAUCCUCUUACCAAUAUGAACAAAAUAACUACAUCUUCUAUUCCUGGUGUGGUUUGGAAUAGUUUCUUUGGCUUGCUUAUAACUUGUGAUGUAGCAUGUGGCUCUAAGAAUACCCUUUUGUGAUAAUGUGUGGAAAGGGGACUUGGCCACUUCCAUCCUCACUUAUAGGCUUAGCUUUAAAACCCAGGUGAUACAAUGUUGGGUAAACAGUAUGGUUUAUUGGUGAUAAGAUAUCUAUAUGACUCUAACCAAUUUCAAAAUAGCAUCACACUGACAACUCCCUAUAAGAACUCCAAUAAUAGUCAGAAAAUGCUUGAGUCAUCCUGAUCUUGAAACUGGGCAUUUGAUCUAUCUGCAUCACCAGUCAAAUGCAUAUAAUUUGUAAGAUUUAGGGCUUAAUUAGUUAGUACCUAUAAACUUGUGUUGACCCUUUGAAAUGGUUAUUUGUGUUUUACAGCAGGUCUGUUGCAUGUAAAGUAUUUAUUAGUUAGUUUUAAAGGUACACAGAUGGUUGCAUACUAAUUUAGCAUAGGGAAUAAAGUUUAAAAAUUUAAAGGUAUCGUGAAGACACUCAUUUUCCAAGAAAAGGGAACUAGAUGAUUUCUUAAGCUUUUGGGCUUUGAGCAUUGUUUUUAUUUUUUUUUAAAUUGAAAAUUCUUAGGCUUGCUAACACUCCAGAUAUAGGACCGUUGCACACUUUCUUUUCUUCCUUCACAAGUAAAGUUACAUCAGCCUGAAUGGUCACUUUUUAGGGUCUGGUUUUUGACACUACUGUACAGAAGUGUUUAUUAGUUAAACUAGUUUAUACCUGUUUGGUUUGCAGAUAUUUUAUUUUUUUAAACAAAAUGACUAUUUAUUCUUGACUCUUUUCUCUGUACCACAUGUUUUGUAAAAUGCCUGUUUUCAAUAAACAAUGUUGUGUAUUUUGUAAA